CUUUUACUAUGAGACGAUGGUGGUGGUUACUAGCUUGAGCUAUACCAAUUUGAACGAGCUAACUAGCGUUUUUGGUUCUCUCCUUGGGCUCUUGCCAGCUUGAUCUGAUUCAUCUGAUUCAUGCUCAAGAAUCCGAUACAUGGCUUUGGCCAGAGAUCACCAACGUGGGAACUUGUUGAAACCAGUAAAAGCACGUGUGCUGCUAAGAGCCAUGACAAGCUUUACCGACCCUCACAAGAACUUUUCAGAACGGUUGCCAAUGCUCACAUUUACUGUCAGGAGAAGAAGUCUAAUCUACAAGUCUUGGUUAAUCACUCCAUCAAUCUACAUCAAUCACCAUUUAAUCCUUCAAAUUGUAGCACAAUACCCUUAAAAUCAAUCGAUCCUGUGAUCUAAAACUCGUGUUUGAUAAUUACAGACGCACAAUACAAACGAAGGCCGUUUCUUUUCACUGUUGGCUGCUUCCAGAUUACUUUUUUUCCCUUUACGCUUUGGGCUUAUCCAUACAAAAAAGUUUCUAUUUUUUUU